UUACAAAGAUGGAUGACACAACUCCCCGAAGCAGAAGAAUUGGACCCACCAGAACCCGAUAUGGAGAUGUGGAGUAUAGAAGAAUUGAGAAAGAGAUCUAAGGAACUAAAUCUACUAGAAGUGGCCGAUAUUGUAGCAAAGAAUGACGAAGCCAAAGAAUCGUCUCCAGAAAAGAAAGAAAACGAUAGAAGCCCUUCGAAAAGUAGUAAUUCUGACAGCCAAAUAACGGUACGGACCAGUCCGGUAGUGGUCGACACGAUACCCGUUUGUAGACAGUGUCACAAAAAAUGUCUGUCGAAACCAAAUAGUCCAUUAAUAUCACAAAAAGAACCACCCAUUACGCCUAAACCUAAAAACGAAACCUCACCACAAACAUCAGCUUCUAAUAAAAGCACUGCCAGCACAUGUAGUGCUAACUGUGAUAAUCAUAAGCAAAAGUUUUUCUGCCAUUUAGAACGUAAAGGUGCAAUCAAAAUACGUCCCGAAGACGCUCCAAAAGCUGCUCUAAAAGUAAUUGACUCAAUAGAACAGAGCCAGAAGAUGCUAAAAUCGACUUCAUACGACUUGAACACUGAUUCAGCAAUUUUAAACAGUGGUAUUACAAGAAGUCGAACCAAAAGUCGCUUGGAACUUAGAAAGGAUAAUUCAAUUAUGUCACCUAGCCCUACUUCUAGUAGUAGAAACAGUCCCCUCUCAACUAGUCAUACGACUUGUAGUUCUAUGGUUUUCAAUUCUAGUUCUAAUGAUUUAAGAAUGUCUAAUUCCAAUAUUACUAAUCAAGUACAAUGUGUUAUCGCUCAAGAGAAAUAUAUCAAUGAAGUGAAAUGCGUCGAAAGUAUCACAUUAAGUAAACCUCGAUCAUCCUUAUCGAAUUAUUCUUCUCCAGCAUCAGUAAAGAAGGAACAAAUAACGAGACAGAAAGCUGAAAAUGUACUAAAUAAAGUUUUGGGAAUGAACAUUAUAACAAAACAUGAAAAUAUUGGGACACGUUUAAAAACAUCAUCAGUAUUCUUAGAUGAUGAUUCACUACACGAAGAUGAUAAUGAUUUUAAAAUAGAACGUGGUAUGAGAAGAUCACCCAGAAUGGGUAUAGCAGCUGUUAGUAAAAUGAAUGGAGAUAUAAGUAAAAAGACUGAUAUGAUUGAGGACCUUAAUGCGAAUGUUAACGCGAACGAUGUCUUGUCAGAUGAGGAAUUAGAAUUGGGUCCACUUAUGCUGAUGGGUCUGUCUGCGAUUAAUCCUGCAGCUCAUCUUAUGCAAGUGGAACCUUUUAAAAGAAGUUCUGAUGUAAGCCUCAACAAUGUUCACUCGAGACCUGCCAGCCUUUGUUCAGUUAAGUCUGAAUCACCCGUGCCUAAUAUUGCUAUAGUUCCACCCACACCUGAUUAUAAUUCAACAAAUAAGACUGAUGGUAUUAUAGAUGAUUCUCCUGAAUCGCCCGAUGUGCCUGAAGACCUACCAUACGUUUCAUUGAAAAGGUAUGGGACAAUGUCAAGCCUCGAAAGGCUACCGUCUGAUGAAACGGAUGACGGUAACGUGAGAUUGACAGCAGCAGAUCCUGAGCCAAAACUGCACAAUUCAGUUUCAGCGACAAAUACGGUAGCGACCAGCACCGCUGGUGGUAUAAUGGGAUGGACGGCAAGAGCUGGGUCAUUUGUUGUUGAGAAAAUGAACAUUUUUAGUUACACCGAAAGUGUUCCAAAUACUUCGAUAGCGCAUAAACAACCUUCUUUCUUAGAAAGGUGUUUGGGAGUAAGUGAUUGGAAGUCUACAUUGGGAACUGAAGAAGGUACCGCAGAGACUGGUGAAGGGAGUGGUGCGAGCGGUGAAGAAGCUUGGGGGACACCAUCCUCUGGAGAUCUAUCAGACAAUCUGCCAGAUUCUGAUCAUGGAACACUUUCGUCAUCAACUAAGUCAUCAUCAUCAUACGCUGGUGAUGACGACACGGAACUGAUGAUGGACGAACUGUUAAUGGCACCUACAUUAACUGGCCCUACAACUUUAAGACCCUUAUUACCCAGGGAUGUUUUUAGGAGAAGACUGGAGCCUUUACUAGAAGAAGACUGUUCAGAUAGUGAGAGUGAAGAUAACAAGCCCACACCUACCAAUUCUGACGACCAGGGCAGCGGGCGUGGCCUCGGUGCUGACGACUGCUGCGACGCGCCGCGCCUGCCGUCCUCUGCUUCCGGCCAAGCAGAGGACGGGGGUGCGGGCGACGCACGGGAUGCUGGAAGGGCGGCCGGUGGUGCCGCCGCGUCAGAGCUGAGCCCAGAGCGGACGCCAACCAACGAAGCGCCCUCGAUGCCCUUACAAUCUGUUUCAAAAGAAUGUGUGGAACGAGCCGGUGCUGUUGUUGGCGGUCGUCGGGGCUCAGCCAGCUCGGCCAGCACGCCCUCCACACUCGAGCGUACUACGAUCCACAACCCCACACCCACGCCACUACAUCAGCUGUCACCAGCUUCGGAGCCCCCCUCAGUCCCGGAGCCGAGCCCACCGGAGACCAGGCCGCGGUCUCCGGAGGAACGGCUCAGUCCUCGCGCCGAGAUGCGGCUGGCGCUGGACCAGGGCAAGGACAUGCUGGCAGAGCAGGAGCAGGUUGGCGUGUCCGACCCUUGGUCGUUUCGCGUGGCAUGCCAACGGUCGCUGCUGCGGCGGGUGGCGAGCGCCGACGCGGUGACGCUAUGCCGCGCGCCCCUUCGCCGCACCGCCCCGCAUACUACUUCGCGCAGUUCUGUAUAUGCUUGGAAGCUUCCAGAAAACGAGAAAGUUAUGGAGAUGGAGCAACUGGCACGAGCGGAAGUUCAGACGAUGCGUUCGCGGACGCGCUCUCAAUGCCAGAACGGGAAGAUAUUGGGUUUCCUCCGGCGCCGAGCGUCAUCCGAUAGCCCCCGCCGCGAGCCGUUCCUGCCCGGCGGCGAGCGGCCGUUCUCUCCCCGGCGCACCACCGAGAAACACAUGGACAAACGAUUCUGGAAGCAGGUGAAUAAACGAAGGCAAUCGCUUGGCUCCAUCAGUCAAAUAUGAACACAAAGUGAUGUAUUAAACAGUGAAUAAUGAAUAAAUCAGAUUAAUAACAUGAACUAGUGAAGUGAUUAAAAUUAAUAAGUAGAAGUGCGGAUGAACAUUAAAAUUUAGUGAAACUGUUCAAAUAAUUUUUAAAGACAGGUAAGAUAAAGAAUGCCAAAUAGUGUCAAGGAUAUGAAAGGAUUUGCCAAAAUAAUACGAAUGGGACCUCUCGACUUUACUUCAUAUCGUAGAUAGAUCUGAUAAUUGUUAAUUAGGCAAUAUCACAUUUGCAAAUGUUUGGUCUAAGUGAGAGGCAAAAGCGACAUAUUCCAUUGUUAAAAAGCCGAGUACCACUUGGCAUUUUGUAUGUCUUUUCGCUUAUCCUGCUCGCGAGGACCAACGGGUAAGGCCUAAUGUUUGUAAUAUAUUUAUUAUUUAUUGUAUAAAAUGCCUUCAUGUUAGGUGAUCUUUUAGGAAGCUUGAUAUAUUUGUAUAAAGAUCUGUCUCUCUGUGACGCUGUUGACAAUUUUAAUAAAACGUCUCUUUUAUAGAACUCAUUGUUAUCUAGGUAUCUUUAGGUGUAUUUCCACGCUAUAUUUAAAAUGUUUUUUUAGU